AUGACUAGGUUCUGGCGAGGUCAGUCUUCCAGUUUUGAAGAUGGCUAUCUUCUCAUUUUAUCCUCACAUGGAAAAAGUGAUGAGGAAGCUUCUUCAGUCAUUUAUGGUGCUGGCCCUCCGCGACUCUGCCCCUGCAGCUCCGCUACCCCCUUCUCCCCUCCGCCCCCUUCCAGCCUCCACCCCGCGCGGCCUCCGCUACCCGGCAGGCACCCCACGCCAGCCCAGCAGCUCCUCCCACUGCCUCCGCCCUUCACACUCGGGCCCCAGCGUCGUCCUCCCCCGACACUGACUUCGCUCCCGCAGCCAUCCAGACAGACACUCUUCCCGCUCUCGCCUAGCUCUGCACCGCCACUGCCGCCCUUGCCGCCGCGCUUCGCCCGGGCUCUGCUACGUCAGGCCGCGCAUCUCUGGCCAGGUCCACCGCUGCCGCCGCCGCCGCCGCCGCCGCCGAGCCUCAGACUGAAGUCUGGGCGCCCGCGAUCGCACCAGCUUCUUGGUCUUAGAGAUCCUGAGCUCUCGGCUGACGCGGAAGCGCAGCCAUCCCCACCACCGCCGCCACGGCCAACACGGGUGCCACGCGCCGCCACCGCCGCCGGGCCGCGGCCGCCGCCGCCGCCGCCGCCGCCGCCGCUGCCGCAGAUCGCCCGCCGCCCACCACGGCCCAGCAGCAAACAGGUAGCAGGAAACGGAAAGCGCCCGCGGUCGAGGCGGGAGCCGGGAGCUCGUCGUCGCAGGGUUUAGCGGCGGCGGACGGAGAGGGGCCUCUGCUACCCAAGAAGCAGAAGCGGCCGGCGACGCGUCGCAGGCUGGUGCACUAUCUGAAGGGCCGGGAGGUAGGAGCGCGGGGCCCAGCCGGGCUCCAGGGCUUCGAGGGCGAGCUGCGGGGCUACGCCGUCCAGAGGCUGCCCGAGCUGCUGACGGAGCGCCAGCUGGACCUGGGCACCCUCAACAAGGUGUUCGCGUCACAGUGGCUGAACGCCAGGCAGGUGGUGUGCGGCACCAAGUGUAAUACGCUGUUUGUGGUGGACGUGCAGUCAGGCCACAUCACGCGCAUCCCCCUCAUGCGGGACAAGGAGGCCGGGCUGGCCCAGGCCCAACAGGGCUGCGGCAUCCAUGCCAUUGAGCUGAAUCCCUCCAAGACGCUUCUGGCCACCGGCGGCGAAAACCCCAACAGCCUGGCCAUCUACCAGCUGCCCACCCUGGACCCCCUGUGCCUGGGCGACCGCCAUGGCCACAAGGACUGGAUCUUCGCCGUCGCCUGGCUGAGUGACACCGUAGCCGUGAGCGGCUCCCGCGAUGGCACCGUGGCUCUGUGGCGGAUGGACCCGGACAUGUUUAAUGGCAGCAUUGCCUGGCACAGCGAGGUGGGUCUCCCCGUAUAUGCCCACAUCCGUCCGAAGGAUGUGGAGGCCAUCCCCAGGGCCAGCACCAACCCCAGCAACCGCAAGGUGCGGGCCCUGGCCUUCAGCGGCAAGAACCAGGAGCUGGGAGCGGUGUCCUUGGACGGCUACUUCCACCUGUGGAAAGCCCGCAGCACGCUAUCCAGGCUCCUGUCCAUCAGGCUGCCCUACUGCCGAGAGAAUGUGUGCCUGACCUACUGUGAUGAGUUAUCCUUGUACGCUGUGGGCUCCCAGUCCCACGUCUCCUUCCUGGAUCCGCGCCAGCGCCAGCAGAACAUCCGACCCCUGUGCUCUCGAGAGGGUGGCACAGGCGUGCGGUCGCUGAGCUUCUACCAGCACAUCAUCACUGUGGGCACCGGCCAUGGCUCCCUGCUCUUCUAUGACAUCCGCGCCCAGAAGUUCCUGGAGGAGAGGGCCUCUGCCAGCCUGGACUCCAUGCCGGGGCCCGCAGGGAGGAAGCUCAAGCUUGCCUGUGGCAGAGGCUGGCUCAACCAGGAUGACGUCUGGGUGAACUACUUUGGUGGCAUGGAAGAGUUCCCCAAUGCGCUCUACACCCACUGCUACAACUGGCCGGAGAUGAAGCUCUUUGUGGCUGGGGGGCCUCUCCCUUCAGGCCUCCAUGGGAACUACGCAGGCCUCUGGAGUUAAGGAUGGACGCCUUGUUCUCAAAAUGCACAGGUUUACCUUUCAGUUCCGCCUGACUUUCCUUCUUCAUGCUGCAUUUGUGCUUUUAACUUUGUGUGGCUUUUGUCUUCCAGGUGGAACCAGUCCAACUUACGUGUGCUUCGUGUAUUAGGCAGAGAAAGAAAGAGAGAGAGCGGGAGCAAGCCAGUGGGAGUGAGAGAGCACAAGUGGUCCUUUCGGCAGUCAAAACUUUGGCUUUAAAACUCUCAUUCACGUUUCCCAACAGCAGUAUGUUUUUGCCUUCUUAUUCAAAGAGUUUUGGCUAAACCUUAAUUGUGUUCUGUCUUUCGGUGAUUCACAUACCCUCCUUCUUUAGGUUGAUGUAGUCAUAGUCUUCACUACUAUUCAGUACGUUAGUUUUAUCAAUAUUGCAAUAGUGUUCAGAUCUACACAUGUUAGAUGUGUGGUGUUUUGGGGAAAUGUGAGCUACAAAGCAUCUUUGGGGUUGUUUUGAGGAACUACCCAUCAUUUAUAGCCUUACUCUAAUUAGAAAAUGCAGUUCAGGUUUUAGAUUGCCACCAUUCUAGAGUGUGGCACACACCAUUCUAGGGCGUGAUUCAUUUGGAUGUUGGAAACUCAAUGUCUGUUGUUUGUAUAGUGUUGAUGUGUAAAAUGCUUUAAAAAUAUGUUCUGUUAGUUAGAAAUCUUACAAUGUUGUUCAUACUAUUAAUCAACAAUUUUGGUUAUUCAGUAAAACUUUACUAUCCUCA